GUUAAUUCAUACAAAAUUGUAAACAGCUGCAAAAGACUUAUUGUCACUGCUAAAUUUCCCCUGCAUUUUGAAACAAUGAAUUGUCAGCUUGCUUUCGGAAGACUUACGCGUCUUCUAAAAUGUGUUCCGCAAUUUCCAUUUUCCUAUAGAUGCCAGUCGAAGGUUGCAGUGUCUCCCAAAGUGACCAGUUCCUUUGUGCAAGAUGUCCAAGCCAUUGUAGGAAAGUCAAAUGUGUCCACUGCAGAUGCUGUGAGGCAACAGCAUGGCCACGAUGAGAGUUAUCACAGCACUGAGCCCCCAGACAUUGUGGCGUUUGCUGAGAGUGUGGAUCACGUGAGUCAGGUGGCCAGACUGUGUAACUACCAUGGCGUGCCUUUGAUACCCUUCGGCAGUGGGACAGGCUUGGAGGGAGGGGUCAAUGCUGUGCAGGGAGGUCUGUGCCUGGAUGUGUCAAAGAUGAAGAAUAUUUUGUCAGUGAAUGCUGAGGACUUUGAUUGUUCUGUGGAAAGUGGGGUCACGCGUGUACAGCUGAACAACUACCUGCGAGAUACAGGCCUCUGGUUCCCUAUAGAUCCUGGGGCGGAUGCCAGCCUAUGCGGUAUGUGUGCCACAAGUGCCUCAGGUACGAAUGCGGUACGUUAUGGUACGAUGAGGGAGAAUGUCAUGAACCUGGAGGUGGUGCUAGCAGAUGGUCGAGUUAUCAACACUGCAGGGGCCGGCAGGAGGACAAAGAAAACUUCUGCAGGAUACAAUUUGACCAACCUAUUUGUGGGUUCAGAAGGAACUCUAGGUAUUAUCACCAAGGCUACACUGCGACUCCAAGGGAUACCAGAAGCAACGAUAUCAGCCACCUGCCAUUUCCCCGAUGUCCAGUCGGCCGUUGACACCACUGUACAGGUUCUCCAGUGUGGUAUCCCUAUGGCUAGAAUAGAGUUUCUAGACGAGGUUUCCAUCGAUGCGUGCAACAAGUUCAGCCAUCUUGAUCUCAAGGUAGCUCCAUCGCUGUUCUUCGAGUUCCAUGGAGCGGAGGCAGGACUCGAGAAUCAGACCAAAGUUGUUGCUGAGCUGGUGAAGAUGAAUGGUGGGUCAGAGUUCCGCUGGGCCACUGACGUGGACGAGCGUAACCACCUGUGGAAGGCCAGACACGAGAUCCUCUGGGCCUGCAUGGCACUCAAACCAGGGUCAAAACCCUAUUCAACUGAUGUCUGUGUGCCAAUUUCAAACUUGCCUCAGGUUGUUGUUAGAACUAAACAAAUGAUUACAGAAGCAGGGAUUAUUGGCUUUCUAUUGGGGCAUGUUGGGGAUGGGAACUUUCAUUCCUUGUUCACACUUGAUCCUUACAAUAAGCAAGAACUGGAAACUGUUAAAAGAUUGGCUGAACAAAUUGCUCUGAUUGCCUUGGAGCUGAAUGGUACAUGCACAGGGGAACAUGGCAUUGGAAUUGGCAAACGGGACCUCCUGGUGCAGGAAAUAGGGGCAGAGGGGCUGGCCGUGAUGAGGCAACUGAAAGACACCCUUGACCCCAAGGGUAUCAUGAACCCUGGCAAGGUGUUCUUCUAGACGACAGACAUUUGGUGGCAUGUUGUAAUAAUUAUUUGGCAAUGUAGUUUGGGCAUUCAAAUAACAAACAGACUUGAUUGAAAUAAUUAAAGACCCUUGUCCAUAGCUUCAAAGGUCAGAUUCAUACUGCGAUCAUUAAAUAUUAUGUGCAUUCUUGACAUUCUGAAAACUAACAGUAUUAUUCAGAAUGGACUCUUUAUGUUGCUGAAAAGGUUGAAAAGAAGUUUAUUGAUUAAUAAUUGGAGAGAUCAUAAUACAUGGCAAUUUGUUUUCUGGUCAAAAUGAUAUAUAUUGUAUAGUGAACAGUGGGAAACCUGAAAUCAGCAUUUCUUUUAUUUCUGUAAAUCAUGCUUAAAGAUGACUAAGUUUUUAAAUCAACUUUUAUCACAUAAUAUUGUAUGUGUUAAAGAAAUGAAUAUAAACACAAAUCUUCCCAAUUUUCAUGAACAUCUUAUGAAGACAUGAGCAACAUUCAUCAACACAUCAACCUAUGUGACAGAAUCAGUCACUGUUCUUAGUUAAUCGACAAGCAAAUUUUAAAUUAAGAUUGAAAACAGUGUCAUAUUUUUUUUUAAAUGCAGUCAAAGAGAAGGUAAUUUUGUGUGCACGAAAAAGAAACACAAAUGUCUGUUCUUUAUUAAAUAAGUUAUUGUGUAUGCUACUUUUCAUGUGCUUUGGUUUGACACUUAAGAUGUUGAUAACAUUCAGCCAGGAAACACAAAAGCAGUCGGCUUUUUUUUGAAACCAUGUAAUAGUAAUAAUAGGUCUAUUGGUAGGGGCCUUAGCUUCCACAUUCAUAUGUGUAGAAUGAGAGUGUGAACCAAUAGCUUUGUAUUACUGCUAAGGUGUAAACAACAGCAAUUGGAAGUUGAAAUAAGCAGGUGUGAGGGGUUAAGUGAUGUGAAGUUUUCCCCACAUGGAGCCAAAAAAGCAAUUUUUUGCAAAUGUAUUUUAAGAGUGAAUGCAGGAAUUAAUUCUCUUAUGUCAGGACAGCAGGACAAACAUCACGAAAGUGGAAAUUUCCCCAUACUUGGGAAAUUACAUACCAGUAUACUUCAAACUAUAACACACUUGAAUAUUACCAAAGUCAUUUAAAUUGUCGAGUUUGUUGUCUUACUUUGUUAAGGUUUUUGCUUUUUAUGUCCCCCACUAUAGUAGUGGGGGACAUACUGUUUUUGCCCUGUCUGUUGGUUGGACCUUCGCAACUUGGGGAACCAGUACAGACAGGCAUCAGAGCUAGAGAAAAUUGGUCUACAGGAACUACGAGACCACACCAGACGCAGACUUCAAGACCUGAGGAAAGCGGAAAGGAUAUGGAAAGCCAGAAGGGAGAAGGCCAGACAAAGAUCACGAUUUCUUUCCAAUCCCUAUGGUUUUAGCAAGUUAAUCCUUGAAGAGAAGAAAGCGGGACAGCUGAAUUGUUCUAAAGAGGAGGUUGAAGAGCAUCUGAAGAACACGCACUCUGAUCAGGCGAGACAUAUACGGAUGGAGGGACAUGAGCGCAUAGCCCCAGUACCCAUGCCCAUUGUUGCAUUUACUGAGGGAGAACC